AUGGCCAGUAAGAAGCGGAGCCGCGCACAGGCAGCGAGUGGUAUCGACGAACAGCCACCAGCGUCCGUGCAACUCCAAUCCGAGCAGAAGAAGACAAAGACAAAGAAGAAGAAGGCCACGUUCAGUAGAACGCUAAGCAGUGAAGCAGGUCUCGAGCCAUCUUUUGCAAACGAUGCAAAGUCGAAGGCCACGACUGCACCAGUGACUGGAAAAGGAGCUUUCGUGAACGUGGCAGCUGCUGGCGCUGCUGCAACCCACAAGAGUGUGACGAAGCAGACGAAAGGGAGCGAGGUCGAUGAGUUGUUUACUCUGCUAAAGACGGAGAAGAAGAAGAAGAGUGCUGAAGACGAGCGGCAGAAGCUCGCGGCAGUGGAGGCCGAGCGCCAUGAAAUGAAGGCAAAGGAGCGACUACGGCAGCAGAUCAAAAAGCUCGAGGCGCAAAACACCAAUUCCACUGCAGUCGGCCUCAAUCCGGAUCCACGACCUGUUCGCUACGAUGAGAACGGACUGCCCAUUUACACCGAGUCGUCGCUGCAAAUCGGCACAGGCGGCAACUCGAAAGACUGCCCGUUCGACUGCUGGUGCUGCUUCUGA